AUGGCGGAAGAUAACGACGAAGUGCCAUUUGAUGAAAAUGACUUAGAUCCGGAUACGUUGGAAAUAAACCGAUUAUGCUCGAUAUCGACUGAAAGAAGGUGUCUAAAUAAGGUGAGAACUGCAAAUCUGAGAAACAAUUUAUGAACUAAACUUUUUUUAGAUAAAUUUGAUCGAAUUGUUAAAAAAAAACACAAAGUAAAACCAAUAAACGACGCUUCUUCAACAACACAAUCGAAGUUGAUCCAAAUGUUUCCUGAUCACGCAAAAUACAUCGAUCUCGAAAUGUUCCGAGUUCUGGAAUCGCGAUAUUUGAGUGGCGUUAUGAAAAAACUUGCAAAAACAAAGGGCAAGGAAGUUCCACACACUUUCUACAGUGUGUGGAAUAUAAAAUUAAAAAUAAAUCCAAAGGAAGUUAUCAAACAACUUCGAGAUUUAUUAAUAGAUCCACCAAGCAAUUUCGCGUCAGCCACAAGAGUUAGUUAUACAACUUUAGAAAUUUGUUCAUUCUUUAAUAUUUCAGAGAAUGGAGUGUAUUGAAGAGUCGCCAAACAUGCCAAAACUGCGACUUCUUCGACUUGCACAACCACACAGGUUGAGAUUAUUGGCAGAGUAUGAAGAUCACCCCCAUUUUGACUUGUUUAUUGAGUGAGUUUUUGUCUUACAAUUCAGUCAAUCAACGAUUUUUUCCAGACAUUGUUUAAUGGAGAAACAAAUAAACAAGUUGAAUUGGUCAAAAAGCAGCUUUAAACAAAUUCGAGAAGAUUUCAAAAUAUUUUCAAGAGCUGAAUUCUCAAGGGACUGA